CCGGUUAUCGUCACCGCAGAAGGCUUGCCGGCACUCGUACUCUUCUCCAUUUCUAGGGUUUUCUCAUCUCUGGGUUCUCUUGAAGCUCUCCAAUGGUGCCAUUGAUCUUCAGGCUAAGAUUGGAAGCUUUCUAGGGUUCGUUUGUGGUAGGUGAUCUCGCUGGAACCCUAGUGAUGCAGGGGCCAGCGGGGAGCUCUGGCCCCCCGCGGCCGGAGGCGAUCUUGGAGUGGCUUCAGAAGGAGAUGGGGUACCAAGGUCCCAUCCCUUCCGCUGAUCAGCUCCGCAAUGUCUGCAGAGGUAAUAUGGUCCCCGUCUGGGACUUCCUUCUCCGGCGAGUACGGUCUGAGCGCACUGUCGGAACAGCUCGUCGGAAUAUGAUGGUUCAUGGGGUGGCCGUGCCGGCUGCGGGGAGGAAGGGGAGGGGACGAGUGGGUGGUGGGGAGGAUGGGACUGGGGUGGAGGCGAGGGAGGCGGCGGUGAGGGAGAGGGAUCUGGCGGAGGAGGAGGCUGAGAGGAUGCGGGGUGUGGUGAGGAGGCAGCGGAGGGAACUUAGGGCUCGGAUGAUGGAGGUUGCGAGGGAGGAGUCGGAGAGGAAGAGGGUGCUUGAUGAGAGGGCCAAUGCCAGGCAUAAGCAGGUGAUGCUUGAGGCAUAUGAUCAGCAAUGUGAUGAAGCUGCCAAAAUAUUUGCUGAGUACCAAAAACGUCUCCAUCACUAUGUCAAUCAGGCAAGGGAUGUCCGACGGUCAAGUUCUAGUGGGUUGGCUGAUGCUGCUGAUGAACUCAUGCUGGGGGAGAAAGAAGCUGUUUACUCAACUGUUAAAGGCAACAAGUCUUCAGAUGACUUAAUCCUCAUAGAAACCUCACGUGAAAGGAACAUUAGGAGAGCAUGCGAAAUUCUUGCAGCAAAUAUGAUUGAGAAAAUACGCUUUAUGUUCCCAGCUUAUGAAGGGAGUGGCAUUAAUAUAAAUUCUGCAUUAGAUGCUGCCAAACUAGGCAUUGAUAUUGAUGGUGAAAUUCCUGGCGAUGUUACAGCAGUAUCACUAGAGGCGCUUAAAAAUCCUUCCCUUAUGAUUCAGUCAAUUACUCUAUACACAUCACGUGUUAAUACACUUAUCCAUAGAGAAACAGAAAAGAUUGACAUCAGAGCAGAUGCAGAGCUUUUGAGAUAUAAGUAUGAGAAUGAUAGAGUAAUUGAUGCCGAUGCUUCUCCUGAUUCAAGCUCACCUUUACCAUACCAAGUCUAUGGAAAUGGGAAAACUGGAACUGACUUGCCUACAAAGGGAACGUAUAAUCAACUACUUGAACGGCAGAAAGCACACGUCCAGCAGUUUGUGGCCACUGAAGAUGCAUUGAACAAGGCUGCAGAGGCUAAAAGUUUAAGCUUAAAGCUUAUUAAACGAUUGCAUGGUAACAAUGAAAUGGUGCCAUCACACAUAUCAGGUGCUGGAGGUACCUCAACAAAUGUUAGCAAUAUGAAGCAUUUUGAGUUAGAUGUCUGGGCCAAGGAAAGGGAAGUUGCAGGCUUGAAGGCAAGCUUGAGUACAUUGACUUCUGAGGUCCAGCGCCUGAACAAGUUGUGCACAGAGUGGAAAGAAGCAGAAGAGUCUUUAAAGAAAAAGUGGAAAAAGAUUGAGGAAUUUGACGCUCGCAGAUCAGAACUUGAAUGCAUCUAUACUGCUUUGCUUCGUGCAAGCAUGGAUGCGUCAGCCUACUGGGAACAACAACCAUCAGCUGCACGGGAAUAUGCAUCCAGGACAAUAAUUCCAGCAUGCUCUGCUGUUACGGAACUUUCGAAUAAUGCAAAGGAUCUCAUAGAGAAUGAAGUCUCUGCCUUUUAUCAAAGUCUUGAUAACAGCUUAUACAUGUUGCCAUCAACUCCGCAGGCUCUCUUGGAGUCCAUGGGCAUUGGUGGUGCUACAGGUCCAGAAGCAGUUGUUAAUGCAGAAAAGAAUGCUGCUUUGUUGACAGCCAGAGCCGGUGCAAGAGACCCAUCCGCAAUUCCAUCCAUAUGCCGUAUUUCUGCUGCACUUCAGAGUCAUGGUGGUACAGAAGGUUCAGAUACUGCCCUAGCAGCAGUAUUGGAGUCCUUGGAGUUCUGUUUGAAACUUCGAGGUUCUGAAGCUAGCAUUUUGGAGGAUUUGUCCAAGGCAAUCAAUCUGGUCCGCGUGCGGCGGGAUCUUGUUGAGAAUGACCGGGUCUUGCUAAACCAUGCUCACCGUGUACAACAAGAAUAUGAAAGAAUGGCAAAUUACUGUCUAAAGGUGGCUGCAGAACAAGAGAAAGGUGUGACUGAGAGAUGGUUGCCAGAAUUAAGAAAUGCAGUCUUAGAGGCUCAAAGGGGCCUGGAAGACUGUCUUCGAGUUCGUGGUCUGGUGGAUGAGUGGUGGGAACAACCAGCAGCAACUGCUGUGGACUGGAUAACUGUUGAGGGGCAAAAUGUUGGUGCUUGGCUCAAUCAUGUAAAGCAGCUUCAAAUGGCAUUUUAUGAUCAAGAACUCUUAUGACUUACUCGUUAACCUUCUCUUCAACCCUUUUCUAUGCUUACCUGAAAUAAUCAUCAUCAUCUUGUUUUAUAUGCAAAAUCCCAGCACUGAAGUUAUUAUUCAUCAUUUUACUUGCUAUUUUUAAGGUUAUUGUAUUGUUUGUUGUUUA